AUGGUGGACGCAGAAGACAUGAUCACAAGGAUCGAACAAAAGUCUCGAAAGAUCGAGAGUUUAAUCAAACAGUACAGGCCGGUAGAAGCACUCAAAACCGCUCUCGAAGGAUCUCCACCCAAAACCAAAGAUGAAAGAUGCAAGUCUGCAAACUGGAAUGUGGUGCAUAGAGCAAUAAUGGCAAUAAAAGCUGUGGAUCUAAUGUUUUCCUCUUUGGACCCCGAGUACUAUGAUAUCCUCAUGAAGUAUUUGUAUAGAGGAUUGUCUACAGGCGAUCGCCCGACCUGUGAACAAUGCCUAAAGAUUCAUGAAAAACUAACACAGAAAGCCGGUCUUGGAUGCAUUCUACGAGCACUAAGCGAUACUGUCAAUCAGGUUAAAAAAGAGAAAAAAAACAAGAAAGUUGGCGAUUUGUGGAUAGGAAAAGGGGCUUCACACAUGGAAUGGAUGGCGCUAAUCAAUACAUUGGCGGAGGUGAUGAUAGUGCCCCUUAAUGGUGUCAAAGUUGUGGUAUUACAGGUGUUAUCGGUGUGA